AUGCGGAAGAACAAGAAAAAUAAGACGAUAGAGCUCUCGCCAAUUGACACUGUGGAGGACACAACAAGCAAAACGAUGGAAACAAAAAAAAAUGAGUCUCAAGCAAAAAGAACGUCAUUCACAGAGAGGAUCGAAAUAAUGAUCGGAACGAAAUCAAGAUACAAAGAGGAGGUAGAACCAACGGCCGAGAAAGGCAAAACAUUUGGAACAGUUUCCACUAUAACAACGGAAGCCAUUCCAGGCGAUGAGCAAAUCAAACAUGGGGCAACAGCUAACCACGAAAAAACAACCUCUCUCGAGCUGGGCGAUUUGAUGGCGAAGUUGGAUCAAAUCGACAAAAAACUGAAAUGCAGUGAAGAGGAUCGACAAGUAAUAAAAAAGGAAAUACGAUACAACAUAAACGAGAACCUAGACAAUUUCUUCCACCUGGCGAGCGCGAAGGAGGAAAAGCUACAGCAGAUGUCAGACAAGGUAGAGGCUACCAAUAAAGAGCGCGAGAAAAAUAUCAAAAAGGACAUGCAAGAAAUGAAGCCACGAUAUGACAUGGUGAACAACAAGUUAUGGGCUCUGGAGACGAGAAUAGACACAAUGAGCAAAGACCAGGCUGAAAGUUCACGUGCCAUACAGUCCAAACUAGAUGCUCUCUUGAGAAACUCUACAGCACAAGACAAGCUGGGAACAGACAGAACGCAAGUUGCAAAGAAGGAAGAGGAACGUGAUACUGCAGACAAGAUCUUCGAGAUAUUGUUGAACCGAUUUGCAUCAGGAAUGAAGGACCACCAAGCUAUGAUGAGAUUCGAAAAGAGAAGACAGAGGGACGAUGAAUCGAUCGAUGCGGAUCAUCACGUGGCGGAUUGCACGACGUACAAGCAAGGCAUGAAGAGUCUGGGAUAUGCGCCGGAUGAGGAAGAUAUGAGCCAGACGGACGAACUUGAGUUCUAUAGUGGCCUGAUCUUCAAGAUAGGUUCGAGAUGCUUCUGCGGCAAUCAAGAGGGCUACUUCAGGAUGGACUGUCCGUUGUUUUGGGAAACAGUGAAGAACCAAAGUCACCCCAAACACAAGUUAGCGCUGGCGGCGGUACAAAACACGAGGAACAGGCAAGCCAAGUUUGAAGCAAAAAACUCGGAGGCACCGAGUGCGGAACUACCGACAAAAACGGUGAAGGCUGUAGCGCAAGUCAAAAACAACAUAGAAACUGACGCCAGGAAUUCUCUAGAAAUAAAUUAUGAGAAAGCAGCUACGGAGGCUAUCAACAAAGUGAAACAAGACCUAGCAAUGAAAGAGAUUGAGCAACGACUAAAGCAGGAGAUCGAAAGGCAGAAGUUAAAUUAG